CGCGUUGUUAUUAGUAUAUCACUAAUAUCUUAUCAAAAGUAUAUAAAUUAUUAUUAUUAUUAUUUUUAAAUGUUUUAUUUUUGACAUUGGCUAGAUCCGUUUUAUGAGACUCGGAGCAGCACAUGUUAGCGGGCUAGGAGUUUAAUGCAGCCUCGAGUUAGAAGGUAAGUAAGGAAAAUGCCUUUGCUCGGUAAAAUCGUGGUGAUAAAGAGAAACGGGACGGAUGGAACCGAGUUUCCGCUCACAGCGUCCUGUCUGUUCGGGAGGAAGCUCGACUGCGAUAUCCGGAUCCAGCUGCCACAGGUGUCCAAAGAACACUGCAGAAUCGAGCUCAACGAGAACAAAGAGCUUAUUUUGACCAACCUGAGCUCGGUGAAUCCGACUCUCAUUAACGGUGAGACUCUGCAGCAGUCCGAGCGUUUGAAGCACGGAGAUCUAAUCACAAUUAUCGAUCGUUCUUUCAGGUUCGAGUAUCCACCUGCGCAGACUCCGAAGAAAAAGCACUUAUCCACACCCGGUAAAGGAGAAACUGUCAAGGUCCUGCAAGACCAGCAGGUGAAGAGCACACCCGGAAGUACAGAGAAAAAGAAGUCAGAGCACGCCAAAGACACCUGCUUGAAAGAUGGCUCCAAUCUGCCUGCCUGUCCGGGCCAGAGUGUUGGGGAUCAGAGCAAUGCGAGCACAGACAGCACCUUGUCUCCCUUCUCUGACCUUUACAACAUGGUCAAGCGAGACCUGUCCACCAAACCCAUGUGGAAAUCUGCCAGUGUGUCCAAUACCCCUCUCUCGAAACAGGAACUUGAGAAGGUUUCAAGCGAGAACGAGAAGCCGGCGACGCCGAAGUCGGUGCAGAAGAAGAGAAGAUCCUCAACCGCUCGAGCAGAGAAGCUGCCUGCUCAGGUGAAGACGGCCACGCCUGUUGUUCAGGGAGAACAAAAGAGGUGCUCGGAGGGUGUCGGGACACCCGUACCUCAGAAGAAAACCCCCCAGACGACGCCACAGAAGUUCACCACUGACCAGGUGGCCGAGCAAAUCGCCUUCGAGAGUCCGAGUACCAAGUCUCCGAAAGACAGAAGGAGCAGUGCUUCUCAAACCCCGGAGAACCGGACCACUACCCAGAAUCCCUCAGAACCAACAGAGGCCGAAGAGGCUGAGGAGGCCAAAGCGAAACAGGCCACCAGGACAUCUCCGCGAGCAAGUGCAGGAAAACGCUUUCAAGUCCAAGACGUGUCGCAGGAGGUUGUAGCCACGCCCACUUCUGAUGACACAGGUAAUGACCAGAAGUCCAGUAAGAAGCACAAACGUGACGACCUGCCCCUUCCUGCAGCCAAGAGAAAACGGGUGUCCUUUGGCGGACAGCUGAGCCCUGAACUAUUCGACAAACGUUUACCGCCCGAUUCCCCCCUACGCCGAGGGGCAACCCCUUGGAGACGCAGCUUGGGGUUCUCUCAGAAAUCUCACUCUCUACUCAGACGAGCUUCCACCAUUGGCCUGAUGGGUUACCAGCUUGAAGAGGAUCUUGCAGAGAGCCCUGCCAAGAGCGCUUCACCUAAACGGGCAGCUUCCCCUGCCAAGACUAAGAAGGAGACUCCUUCUUCUUCCAAGACUCUGAAGAAGACUCCUUCCCCUGCCAAGACUCUGAAGAAGACUCCUUCCCCUGCCAAGACUCUGAAGAAGACUCCUUCCCCUGCCAAGACUCUGAAGAAGACUCCUUCCCCUGCCAAGACUCUGAAGAAGACUCCUUCCCCUGCCAAGAAGUCUCCAAGUCCAAAGGCUAAAACCCCAUCUCCUAAAAAUUCCAAGACCCCUCCACCUCCUUCAAACCCAUCAACUCCAGCAUCCUCAAGGAGGCUCUCCAACGCUUCGGUGAAGUCGCGAUCUUCGAGUGAAGAGUCCCUUCUCAAGACCCCUACGACGCAUGGGCGAUUUUCGGUUUCCCGAAUCAGCACCCCGUCGCCCAUCCCUGAUCCGCAGAAAGAAACGAAGGAAGAACCUGUACAUGUAGAAGAAGCGCCUCAGUUACGUGCAACCCCGAGGGCCACGCUGAGAAGGAGCAGCAUGAAGGCGUCGGCUCGGAAGAGCGUGCUGAAGAGCGCGCUUGAUGUUGUGCGAUCGCGGCGCAGCGGAGCUUCGCGUGCUAAUUUAAAAGUCGUCAGUUCUUGGGCCGACAUCGUGAAGUUCGGACAGGCCAAACCUCAAAUGGAAGGAGACGCUAAGAAAACGACAACCAAGAGAACGGCAGUCAAGCACGCUAAAGCGAAUAAACCCAAGACGCCUGCACACCGACUGAAAGAUCACAUGAGUACCGGACAUGCGGAUUCUCCAGCCAGUAUAGUCGUAGGCAAAGCCUACUUACGAUCUACUCGACUUGUUGGUGCUGCCCCUAAAGUAGUAUGCAACGUCGCCCUGUUUAAAAAGGAUAUGAAAAUGGAUGAAGAUCUUACCGGGCUAUCCGAUAUCUUCAAAACUCCGGCUAACAGUAGACGGAAGAGUGCUUUUAUAAAGCCUAGCGAGUGUCCAGCAACACCGCUUGGUGUUGAAAUGACUGAAACGUCAGUAAUGAAUACUCCUGAGGAAUCUGGUGAAAUGGUGGUGUCUCCUAUGAGCGUCGCUUCCAGCGCCGGACCUGCGCGCUACAACGCCGAAGCUGUUACCAGACUCCUCCAGGACGACCAAGACAGAAGCGUAAUUGAAGAAAAGUAUGACUCGGCUGCCCUUCCUCCAUCCGACGUAUCCGUGGCAUUAGAUAUGUCCGGUGAAGGUCAACCCAAGAACAAGAAAGCCACGCCAGUCCAAAAACCACAACGUAAACCAGCCCAGGCAGAAUGUCUAACAGGAGUCAAACGACUCAUGAGAACGCCUAAGCAGAAAGCCGAGCCUGUAGAAGACCUUCGAGGCAAGUUACUCAAGACGCCCAAAGAGCCGAAACCACCCCAGGAAGAGAGUUUGGAAGGCAUUAAAGAACUCCUCGAUACCCCUGUACGAAAGGGAACUCUCUUAGAAGACGACAUGGCUGGGGUAAAGAAGUUGACGAAGACUCCAAAAGUUAUAAACAGUCCUGUAGUGUGUGCUGUAGCCUUGAAGAGACUUGUCAAGACCCCGAAGGAUAAGACUGAGCGAGAGGAGGACUUUACUGGAGUCAAACGAUUGAUGAAGACUCCCAGGCAGAAGAAACAGCAGGUUGAGGAAGAUCUGACGGGAGUUCAGGAGAUGAUGAAAACUCCCCAGCAGAAGAAACAGCUGGUUGAGGAAGAUCUGACGGGAGUUCAGGAGAUGAUUAAAACUCCUAAGCAGAAGAAACAGCUGGUUGAGGAAGAUCUGACAGGAGUUCUGGAGAUGAUGAAAACUCCUAAGCAGAAGAAACAGCCGGUUGAGGAAGAUCUGACGGGAGUUCAGGAGAUGAUGAAAACUCCCCAGCAGAAGAAACAGCUGGUUCAAGAAGACUUGGGCAUUCAGCAGAUGAUGAAAACUCCUAAGCAGAAGAAACAGCUGGUUGAGGAAGAUCUGACAGGAGUUCUGGAGAUGAUGAAAACUCCCCAGCAGAAGAAACAGCUGGUUCAAGAAGACUUGGGCAUUCAGCAGAUGAUGAAAACUCCUAAGCAGAAGAAACAGCUGGUUGAGGAAGAUCUGACGGGAGUUCAGGAGAUUAUUAAAACUCCCCAGCAGAAGAAACAGCCGGUUGACGAAGAUCUGACGGGAGUUCUGGAGAUGAUGAAAACUCCCCAGCAGACGAAACAGCUGGUUGAGGAAGACCUGACAGUUGUUCAGCAGAUGAUGAAAACUCCAAAGCAGAAGAGCCAACUGGUUGAAGAUCUGGUUGGUGUGAAGCGCUUGCUUCAGACCCCCAAGGAGAAAGGGGAGCCAGUUGAAAAUGACUUUGGAAUUGAUCAUUUGAUGAAGACUCCCAAGCAGAAAGGAGAUGAAGCGGUGCUGGGUUCCACCAUGGAUGCAGAGUUCAACUCCGUGAGUUCUGGUGUUUUGCUUCUGGAAGAUGCCAGUGAGGAAUCUGAAGAGAAGGAAAAUAUCUGCCCGGUCGAAAAUGUGAAAAAUGAUGGAGAAGCAGCUGUUGGUCUACAGAUUGAGACGGAAGAAGGAGAAACUUCUUGCCAGGAGGUGGAAGCGUCUGUAGCUUCUCCCGAGCAAGAGGAGCAGUCGAACAGAUCCUCACCUGCUAAAAAGACCAGGCGUGGUGCUCAAGUAAGAACUGCACGGAGAUCCCAGAAGAGUCAAGGACGUCAGGUGGAUUCGGAUUCUCUGUCUGGUACGGUUGCAGGAUCUGAGGAGGAAACCAGCGCUGGUUCUCCAAAGUCUGUUCCUUGUGUGCGAUUAAGGAGAGGCAAGUCAGCCGUUGACCUCCUCGAGGACGUUCCUGUACAAACUCCUGAUAGAAAAUAUACCAGAGGAAAAAUCCCCAAGGAGCAAGCGGAGGCUCAGAAACCAGCUCGUGCCUCUGCAGAGGCACUUAAACCCAGGAGAGGAAGGAAAGCCGAACGAGAUGUCAGUCCUGUUGUUGACUUGACUGCUUCCGCAGAGGUGGAAGACUCCGUGAAGACACCGGCUCCUGCUAGGACCAAGAGAGGAAGGAAAGAAAAACACGAACCGGAGAAUCCACAAAAGCCAGAAGCCUCGGUUGGGGUGGCGUCGGAGAGUGCUGAACUUCAGCCGUCAGAAGAGACCGAGCCUCCUGUUAAGUCCAACACCAGAGCAAGGAGAGGCAGGACAACAAAGCAGGAACCAACAACGGCUGCAGAAGUUGAGGAAUCCUCAGACGCCGUAGUGGAGGUAGAAGCCGUCGUACUAGAGAGUUCUAAAAUCAAAUCCGCCGCGAAAACCAGGAGAGGCAGGCUGACAAAGAAGGAAAUGCUGAAGACCUCGCAAUUUGAGGAGUCUUGUGAACCCACCCUGACUGUCAUGGAGUCGGACGUUAAGAGCUCGGAUGCCGUCGUUGUCACCGAGCCCAAAUUAUCAGCGAUUGCAGAAGAUCAAUCGGCAGCAGAAACUGUUCAAGCCAACUCAAAACCGAGGAGAGGCAGGGCAGCAAAGAAGGAAACUCCACAAGCUGAGGACACCUCUAAACCCACUUUGGAUCCUGAGGUGCUGCCUGAAGAGCGCACUCGAAUGCCUGUUGUGAAGUCUAGACGAGGAAGGAGCGCGAAUCCAGGGGCUUUGAUCAACCAGGGAGCGGCCGAUGAAUCCAACAUUGAACCUUCUGCAGUUGAACCUGAGCCUAAAGCAGAAGCUCCAGCAGUCAGGUCUGGCCGAGGUGCUGGAAACAAGCAGGUAAAGUCGCAGGUAGAGGACGCAGCUAAUGGUCCUUUUACGGAAACCAGUGCAGCAGCUACUGUGGCGGAAGAACCAGCGGUGAAAAACGUCAGAGGAGGCAGGAGGACAAAACAGCCCAAAGCUCAGGUUUUAGAUGAUUCUCAGGACUCAGAACCCAUCCGGCAGUUGGAGGCCUCUGCAGCCAGGUCAUCCAGAGGAAAGCGCACAGCUGCUGUCAAGGAUGAACCGGACGCGCCGGUUAAAAGAGUGCGUCGCGGCGCUACUCUCGAAGCUCCUCCAGUUGUCAAGCCUAGCCGUGGUAGAAAAGCAGCGACAAAAUCCGAGCCAGAGGAAGUCUCAGAAGGUUCCACAUCAGUGGUGGGACCAAUCGAAGAGACCAGCAAUGAAACAAAGGUACCAGGGUCUGCGACUGAAGAAACGCCACUUUCAGAGGCAGAAGCUAAGAGAGGAAGAGGGAGAAUCGUCAAGAAAGCCAAGGUCUCCACCAAGGACACCUCAGUCAGAGAAGCUGAAGAAGCAGCAGCUGAGGAAGAGCCUCAACAGAAGAUGUCCAGGAAGAAAGAUGAACCAGCAGCCAAAGACGAUGCAGAGACUAAGCAGUCGGUACAUCCGGCAGUCAAAGGGCGCAAAGGGAGAGGGGCAAAGGAACAAGAAGAACCGGAAAAGGAGAAGCCAGCUGCUGAAGAAAGCAUCCAACCAGUCAGGAGAGGAAGAGCGGCCGCUUCAGUAGGGUUAGAAGUAGCUGCCAGGCAGAAAAGGGGGCAGAAAAGGAAGGACCUGGAGGUUGAAGGUGACAAAAUUCCAGAUACGGAGCCCUUACCGAAGAGGAAAAGGGGCAAAGGAGCCGGUGCAGAAGCUCAAACAGACGCAGCAGCUGCACCAGGCAGAGGGAGGAGGACGGCUGCAAAGGAGGCAGAAGAAACUUCUGUAGUGGAAGCAGAAGAAGCUCCUAAGAAGGAAGAAAAACCCGUCAGAGGUCGGAGGAAAGCAGCUCCGGAAGAUGUUCCACCUCAGGCUGAGGAUCCCAUCUCGGAGAGAACCACUCGCCGAGGGACCAGAGGUGAGAAGAAAGCCGAGACGGACGUCGCUUCUGCUCCUGCGAGACGGACGAGAAGGAAAUAAAGCACCGGUGUUGAGAUGAUGUAAAUAAUCCGCUAGUGUUAGGGGGUUUUAUAUAUCGAGACCGUUUAAUUAUCGUGGUGACUUUUGUACCGACUUGGGGGGGAUGUUUUUUGUUGUUGUUGUUGUUGUUGUUUUUUUUUUAUACAAUUCUUGUAAUCGUUUAACAAAAAAUAUUUUCAGAUUUAUUUUUAUAAAGCUCAAAACAUUUGGGGCAUUAAUGCAUUUUUUUUUCCCCCGCUCCUUUGUAGUCUGGGGGAGUUCCUUUUAUGUACUUGUGUCCAUCAUAUGCUUUGCUUUUUUUAAAAUGAUCUACAUAUUUUAAGCAUUGUUUGUAUUUGUAACUUGACCAAAAAAAAUCCUGAUAAUAAACAGUCUGAGGAUUGGAAAA